CGACCCAACGGAGAUACCUGUACUUGAGCGACAGUUCCAGUAACCAGUUGCGUCGGCAUCUCCGCUCUCCCGAAAAUAUGAGGACCAAGCGGCGCAGGCUCAGCACCUCGACGAUGUCGCCACCUCCUCCUCCACCAACCACCACCAUUACGUCCCUUCCGGACGACGUCGUCGCCGACAUCCUGCUCCGCCUUCCGUCCCCGACCUCCAUCUUCCGGGCCGCGCUCGCUUCCAAGCAUUGGUGCAGCGUCGCGGUCUCGCCGUCCUUCGUCCGCCUCAUUCGCGAGCACCACCAUUUCCCGGCACUCCUCGGCCACUUCCUCUCCUGCAAUCACAGUUCCACUCUCCCACUCUUCCAGCCCGUGCCCCUUCACGCCGACCCCGCCCUCGCCGCCGUCGUCCGCUGCGGGGACUUCUUCUUCACCCGCCUCCAAGAUUCCGGCCGAUGCGCCCUCGAGGACUGCCAUCACGGCUUCCUCCUCUUCUCCAACAGGACAAAGCUCACCAUCUUCGACCCCACGACUCAUCAAGCCGUCUAUCUGCCCCGGCCACCGAGGCGCCCCGCCCCGGAAAACGACUACGUUGCGCACACCUUCUGCUUGCUCCGGGACAGCGGCGGCGCCAGGGACCGGCACCGGCAGUUCUUCCGCGUGAUCUCCUUGCAGCACCGCAACCGAUCGGCCCGGGCCGAGGAGUACGAUUCCCGGUCCGGAGAAUGGCGCGCGCACCCGUGCACGGUGCUUACGCCAGCACGGAGCCACGACAACCGGUUCUUCCCGGCGAUGCACGCGGCCGGGCGCAUCUACUGGAAAUACAGCUCCACGCGUUUGCUCCUCUGCCUCGACACCAAGACGAUGCGGUUCUCCUACGUGCGCGUCCCGGCCGGCGUCUCCCAUGGGUCCGCGUACGCUGUCGGAGAGACAGAGGAUGGUAAGUGCUGCCUGGUUCAUGUCUACUACUGUUCUGAAGGCGGGUGUCAUCAGUUGCAAGUGUGGCUCCGCGGUGACGAGGCCGACGCCGAGCCAUGGUUGCUGGUGCGCGACGAGCCGCUCCGCUUAGGCUCGCCGGCGCCUGUACAUUGGAGAGCGCGGCAGGUCCGCGCCGUCGUCGCCGGGCUGGUGCUGGUUUGCUUCAACGGCUCCUCAGCUCACCUCCCUCACGUUGCCUUCCGUCUCAAGAGCCUCAAGGUGGAGGCAGAGUUUACAUGCCGUGGACCGGCACGCCCAUAUCUCUUCGAGUGAUGUUGCUCACCGUCACAGAUCUACGUGCACUUGAUGAAUCAGGAAGAUAUAGAAAUGUCCAAAGGUGGCGUGAAAUCAUCUUGGGACUUCUUGAUGGCUCAUCUUCUGCUAUACAUGAUGUUUAGUGUGCCAACUAAGAUAAUAGCUCUACAAGUGGUGGACCUGUUUCUUUUGGGUACCCGUGUCAUGUGUAUAGCUAAUGUGCAGAGACGCCGACUCCGGCUUAGAACCAAGUGGUUAUGUCGUCGUAUGUGAAUUAAUUUUGGCCUAUUGUGUGACCUAGGACAUCACUCCGGCUUCUGCA